UAUGGAGCUGCUGGCUCUUGCAGAUCGUGAAAUCCAGGCGGAGCCUGUUUGUCAUCUAAGGCCAUUCAUUCAAGAGGUCAUUCACCCUGGAGUGACAGAGGAGGUUCCAGGCCUGGGUGUGUGCUAAGGGCAGAGCUACCAGCUGGGCCCCACUGCCACAGGCUCUACAGCACUGUUCCCCCAGGUGACGGCUGUGACGGGUGCUCAGGCGCAGAGACCAUCCAGUGCUCCGGUAAGGGGAGGACAUAGAAACCAACGCUGCUCCCAGCAGCAGAUCAAGGCAGGCCCAGAAGUCAGAUCCCAGGUCUUUAAUUUUGGAGUCUACUUCAGUUUGCUGUUAGAUGUGCACCUCGUCUUCCUUUUCUUCAUCAGUAGCUAGUUACCCUGACAUCAUCCACUGAACAAUUCCUCCUUUACCUACUGGGGCAUGGACCACAAUGACGGGGUCAUCCAAGCUCCAGCUGGCACCGUGGUGCCUCAGGAACUGCUGGAAGAAAUGCUUUGGUUUUUUCGAGUAGAAGAUGCAUCUCCUUGGAAUUAUUCCAUCUUUGCCCUGGUGGGUGUGGUGAUUGUGAUAAGCAUCGUCCUCCUGAGAAAGAGCAUCCAGGCAAACAGAAAUCAAAAGAUACUGAGGAAAAACAAACCGGAAACAACAACUCUGGAAGUCCAAGACUUGGCUGAGGCCGGAGCCAGAGAGGACAACAACCUGAACAUGCUAAGAGAGACUUUGCUCUCAGAAAAGCAAAAUUUGGCCCAGGUGGAAACUGAGUUAAAAGGGAGAAAGGUGCCACUGGUUCUCCUUCCAGACCCACAAGAAUCUGAGAGCUAAGAGGGGUCCAGAGCACUGCCCCAUGUUGUCAGCAGAUUCAGUGAAUGAACUGCAAUCAAAAUAUUGUUAUGAAAAAAAACCCUCCCUUUUUAUUAAAAUGCAUCUGAAGUGGG